GGUUAAAUUGCAGGUGCUCAAAUUUCCCCAUUUACAGCUCUGGAAUUUCUCAGCAAGCCAUGUCUUUCGGAUUGGAGCUCGUGGGGAUCAUUCUAUGUGUUUUAGGCUGGCUUUUGGCUAUCGUUGCCUGUGCUAUCCCAAUGUGGAGGGUCACCGCCUUCAUCGGCUCCAACAUAGUGACUGCGCAGAUCAUCUGGGACGGUUUAUGGAUGUCCUGCGUGGUUCAGAGCACCGGGCAGAUGCAGUGUAAAGUCUACGACUCCAUGUUGGCUCUGUCCCAGGACCUCCAGGCGGCUCGAGCGCUGACCGUCAUAUCCAUCCUUCUGACCGUCCUGGCCGUAUUAGUGUCCAUCGGAGGCGCCAAAUGCACAAAUUGCAUCGAGGAAGAGUCAUCCAAAGCAAAAGUCAUGAUCUUCGGAGGGGUGCUCUUCAUUUUGGCUGGUCUCAUGCAGCUGAUUCCUGUGUCCUGGUCGGCUAAUAGUAUCAUCAGGGACUUUUAUAACCCUUUGCUGCCUGAUGCUCAGAGGCGAGAGAUGGGCGCUGGGUUAUACAUUGGAUGGGCCGCGGCGGCACUUUUAAUAAUGGGGGGAUCAUUGCUUUGUUGCUCCUGCCCUCCUCAGGAGAAGAAAUACAACCCGUCUAGAAUGCCAUAUCCCGCAUCUCGCUCUACAGGUGGGGUAGGGUACGACCGAAGAGACUACGUGUGAAAUAAUCGAUGAAAAACUCUGAAUACAGUGCUGCAGUUCUCAACUUAUGGGCGUCAUUUUUUGUGGGAGAUAUGAAAAU